UGUAGGGGGUGGGUAGGAAAGCGUCGGAACGAAGAGUUAGGUUGCCCAAGGUGAUAUCUGGAAAUAUUGCAAAUUACGGCCGCAAAAGUCGAAGUUCUCCAAGCUGACUUUCCACCCGUCGGUGCUCCCGCGCCGGGGAUCGCGCAGCCCACAGCCGCCCUCGCCGGUGAACGUUCUUCGGGGCGCUCCCUCGAGUCCCGAGAGGAGAGCGGCCUGUGAGCCCUGGAAGUUUUCCCGAAGCUCGCUCCUCUCAGCGGGGUUGGGCUGUCAGUUCGUGGGCCUGCGGGAUCGAAUCCCCCGUGGGUGAACAGAGCCCUCGGCGGUUGAGACCCAGAUCCUGCUGAGCGCGGGAGGUGACCCCGGCCAGGUGCACUGUGGUUAGGGCCAGGUACAGGAUGUCUGAAGGUGACAGCGUGGGAGAUUCUGUCCAUGGGAAACCUUCUGUGGUGUACAGAUUCUUCACAAGACUCGGGCAGGGCUGGUACAUCGUGACCUACGCCUUGGGGAUCUACCACCUCAACCUUUUCAUAGCUUUUCUUUCUCCGAAAGUGGAUCCUUCCCUGAUGGAAGACUCAGAUGACGGCCCUUCGUUACCAACCAAACAGAAUGAGGAGUUCCGGCCCUUUAUUCGAAGGCUUCCGGAGUUUAAGUUUUGGCACGCGGCGACCAAGGGCAUCCUCGUGGCCAUGGCCUGUACCUUCUUUGAGGCUUUCAAUGUCCCGGUGUUCUGGCCCAUCCUGGUGAUGUACUUCAUCAUGCUUUUCUGCAUCACCAUGAAGAGGCAAAUUAAGCACAUGAUAAAGUACCGGUACAUCCCGUUCACGCACGGCAAGAGGACGUACAAGGGGAAGGAAGACGCGGGCAAGACGUUUGCCAGCUAGGCGCUCAGCUGGACCCAUCAGAGUCUGAGGACGGUUCUGCGCCAUUGUAACAAUGCCUUCUUCCUUCACAUAAAGUAGUUGAUUUCGAGGGAGUCGAAUUUUCUUUUUAAAAAGGAGCUUCAAUUAUUUGUAACUGAAACAUCAGGUUCUUGAAGAAACUGACAUUUAAACCAAAUUGCAUUGAUUUAUUUUUCAGUGACGUUCAAGCGUUCAAAUGGAUGGAAUUCUAGGAAACUGCAGGCUGGGAGGACUGUCGGGUGGGGUGAGGGGUGGGGCGGGUGGUCUCAGUUGUCGUGUGGUCCUGGAACGCACCUGCACGGAAGGAGCCAGGUUUCGCCCCAGCUGCCCCCCGCACCCCUGGACGCCAUGGCCACGUCGCCCAGCUGGAUGAUGAUGCUAACCUGAUUCCUGCGCUUUGGAGGAACAUUCGAAAGGUGAUUUUCAAGUAACUCUGGGGUUCUAAUGCCAGUUUCCCAAUUUCAUCUCACGAGAGAUGUUUCAAGUUGGUCUCUAUCAUAAUGACUCAAAACUCUGUUCUUAACUACCAUGAUUGCUUUUGAGGGCCUGGAAUUAUAAAUAUAUAUAUUAUAUUUUAAUUGUUUGGAAUUAUUUUGACACAUUUCUUUGAUACCUGAAGAGUUGUUUGUUUUUGAUUAAUUUAAAGUUGAUCUCAUGCAGCGGCCCCUUUAUAGAAACAACUGGUAAGAGCAGACCAGUUUGUGGGUUUUAACACAUGGCUUCUCACUUUCUACAGGAAAACAGAACUCUGACCCGCAUGUCAACUUUUUUGAUGUGAUAAAAACAAAUACUCGUAAACAUUUUACUAAGUGACUUUUUAAUUCCAACUUUAUUAAAGACAGUGUCCCCUUU